AUGAACGAUGAACCACCCCGUCAUCAUCCUGGCCAGCUCGGUUCGAGGGAAUGCGUACCGAGGAACACGGAACACGGGACUCCCCGUCAAGACUAUGUACCGACAGCGGCGGCCGACAGAGGCUCACUUGUAGCUUUCGCCUUAGACUCAGGCGCCGCACGCCUCACCCGCUCACUCCAUCUCAUAUGCCUCGCCCUCACUUCAGGUGCAUCCUCUGUCCGUAUAAAGACAGAUAGAGAGGAGACCGGCGACCGAAAACAGACACGGCCCGGCAACAACAGCAGUGACAAGCAUCAUAGCAUUCAUCUCCGUGGCUGUUUCUGUCACAUGCGAUCCGCUCUUCUGCUCACUUUGAGCGCCCAUGUCUCGCUGUUCGUGGACCUCAAUGAACCUUUGCUCGACUUCUCUUGUCGCCGCAAUCUUUCGAGAGUCAUUAUCUCAGACAAGAGUCUCGACCCCAUGCGCCUAUCGGCUGUUGACUGGGCCGCCUAG